UGCGCGCGGCCGUGCGUCAGCGGCCCGGGGUGGGGCGGAGGCGUUGGCGCUGCCACGUCCUGGUCGCGGCUCUCGCAGCGGCGGCCGCGACGGCAACCGUGGCUCGGGAGGUGGCGGAGGAGGUGGGGCUGGCGCUGAAGCCGGAUCCGGAUACGGUUCUGUGUACCCGGGUGGGUGAGAGUCCGACGGUCCUGGAGAGGAGCGCCGACCGCGAGGCCUCCACGGACCUUACUGCAAAGAUGAAACCUGAUGAAACUCCUAUGUUUGACCCAAGUCUACUCAAAGAAGUGGACUGGAGCCAGAAUACAGCUACAUUUUCUCCAGCCAUUUCCCCAACACAUCCUGGAGAAGGUUUGGUCUUGAGGCCCCUUUGUACUGCUGACUUAAAUAGAGGUUUUUUUAAGGUACUAGGUCAACUGACAGAGACUGGUGUUGUCAACGCUGAACAAUUUAUGAAAUCUUUUGAGCACAUGAAGAAAUCUGGAGAUUAUUAUGUUACAGUUGUGGAAGAUGUGACUUUAGGACAAAUUGUUGCUACAGCAACUCUGAUAAUAGAACAUAAAUUCAUCCAUUCCUGUGCUAAGAGAGGAAGAGUAGAAGAUGUUGUUGUUAGUGAUGAAUGCAGAGGAAAGCAGCUUGGCAAACUGUUAUUAUCAACCCUUACUUUGCUAAGCAAGAAACUGAACUGUUAUAAGAUUACCCUUGAAUGUCUACCACAAAAUGUUGGUUUCUAUAAAAAGUUCGGAUAUACAGUAUCUGAAGAAAACUACAUGUGUCGGAGGUUUCUAAAGUAAAAAACAUUUGUAAAGUAAGAAAGACAUUUGUCAAAGGAGCUAAUGCAACAAGGCAAUACUCUUCCUAGAGUUAAAAUACUUUGUUGCUGCAACCCAGUGACCUCCAUAAAUUCUGGAUUGAAAAAAAAAAAAAAACCAUGGUAAUACAACAAAUAUAAUGACAUUUAGAAGAUUACUUUGGGCUGGUGGGAUAUGCUGUGAGUUUAGAUUACAAAUGAAUAUUAUAAAGGGGAUGAUUUUUAACCAAAGGAAUAUAUUUUUAACUUGAAUCUUUUCUUGCAUUGUAUUUUUCUAAAGUUUGGCUUCAUUUCUUUGUAGUUAGAGUAUAGGUAGUAAGGAGUUAUGUGUCUGCUAUCUGUACUGUUCAUUAAAAAAAAAAAAAGCAUACCAUGAAUAAGGCUGUUAUCACACUCAUAGAAUGAAUACUUUUUUCCCAUAUAUCAUGUGAAAUUGGAUAAGAUAUAACUAAAUGUAGUGCAGUCCAACAAUUGUUAAUCCUAUUACUAUACUGGUAAACAACUUGGUCAGCCUUUUAAAGUAGAAAUGAAAAUUAUAAAAUGUGACGAUUCAAAGUAAACUGUGCACAUCUAAAAGUUUAUAUAAUUCUUAUGCAGAUAAGGUACCACCUGUCAUAUGUGAAGUAUAAUUAUUAAUUUGUUUAAAAUACCUAAGAGCAAAUAUAAGGUACUUUUUAAUAGUAAAUUAACAAAUCUUGGUGUAUAAAGUAUUUCGAACCUGAUUUCUCAUCUUUUCAUCGAUGUCUGAAGCCUUUCUUCUGAGUAACAUUUUUAUGAAAAUUAAAUGACAAAACAAAUAUUUAAAUAUGUAUCAUACUGCAAUUGUUACAUCCUUAAAAUGCUGAUGGAAGCUUUUCUAUUUACUGUGAUUGUCACGGUACUAUUCUGGUCACUAUCUUGUUUUGAUUUUAUUUAUUUUAAUUAUUUUUUUAAGUUGAAGAAUUCAAUAUUUUGUUAAUGGUUCUAAUCUUUUGCAUUCCAUGUUACAUUAAAUCUGUUCAUACAAUGAA